UCUCUCUCCGUUUUCCAGUGAGACCCCUCUCCCAACCAAAUUCCACAAGACAUCUUGUUAUAGUCUUAUCCCGCCGUUUCUAUCACUUUUCAACCCACCACCACCAUGACUGCUUCUUUCUCCGCUGCCCCGGAUGAAAUCGAAGUUGUGAAGGCGCUUCAAUGGAAAGAAGUAAUGGAUUUCGAGUGGAUUAGGGAUUGGAGUGAAGCAGGUCCGGCCAACAUUGAUAACCGCAGCUGUAAUGCUAUUGUUGACCUUGUUCUUCAGCUUUAUGAGAAAUUAUAGAAUAUUCGGAAGAUAAACCAAACUCUUUCUCACUUAUUUCCGGUGAUUUGGUUGUAAAAUGCAAGUAUGGGAGGACAAGGUGGAAAUCUUAAGAACAGUGUUAUUACCCUUGAAGAAGACCCACUCAAGCUCACUGAUGAACUCCAACAGGCAGCAUAAUCGGUGCCAAACUUGAUGCAUCCAGAUGUUCCAGUAGGCUCAGAAGAUUGUUUUAUUGUAGAUAGAAAAACAGGUUGGUAAAUCCCAUGUGUUUGACUUCUAUCUAAAUUAAUACACCCAGCUUGGAAAAUAUUUUGAUUUUAUUUCGUUUCAAUGUUGCCGCUCAGGUACUUCUCUAACAAAAUCUUUCAGUCAUCCAUAAUCUGGCAGGGAGGAAGGAGCUGGCUGUUAAAAUCUUGGAAAUUGCUAAUUCUGUUUUAACAGCCACUAAAAAAUUCUUUUGCAGGAAAAGACUACUUCACUUAUGUGCCCCAAAGGCCAGAGCAAUAUAGCUAAUUAAAAUCUUGUGUUUUCCUUUUGUUUUGUGAAGCAAAGAAUGGGUGCUUCCACUAAUUAUGAUUCACAGAAUGAGCUUGAAGAUGAGUUGACAUCUAUUGAUGUGCAACUACUCGUCCUCCUUGAGCAGCGGCGCUACCCCGAGUAGAGGUUUCUCUUGGUUUUCUGGAUCUCGACACAAAGAGGAAUGGCUUCUUCAAGUUUGGGUUUUACAGAGGAGAAAGGGUCUGAACAUGAGACUUCUGAUGUUGUUUCCUCAGAGAUGUUGGAGGGAGAUCUCCAUCAGGAUCAGAUUGAUGUUGGAAGGGAAACAGCCUUAAAUGAUGAAACGAAAAGGGAUGCUAAAAGAAAAUCAAGGGAUGAGGGUCGUGCAAUCCGUAAGAGAAAUGCUGCUGCUGUUUCCAGAAUGACUGCCUCAAGAACUGUAACAUAUGUGAGAAGACCGAGAGCACUUCGCCGCACAUCAAUAUAUAUUGAACGUGUAAUCCCGAUUAUCGAGUUGGAGUAUGUUGAUGGGCACCCAGUGAGGCCUGCCUUUGCACCUAUGGUUCGUCGUAUUUUUGCUAAGCAUGGGGAUAUUGCUUCCAACGUCCCAUUCAUGAGGCACCCAGAAAUCACUGCUGUUCUGCUUGAGGUCGUCUGUGAUGUUGUUAAAAAGAUAGUACAGAACGACUUCCAUACCGUCCUUGUUGACCUGGACGAUAUGAUGGUUCUUGCACCAGUUGCACAGAUGGGAGAGAUAGACACUUCUUGGCUGGAGAAGGCCCUCGAGGAGCUCUAUGAAAUAAGAAAUCUCAUUGUCAAAGCAGCUGCAAAGGACUUUGAUGCAAAGAAGAAAAUGAUGAUGAUGGCCAAGAAGCGCUUCAAGAAAGUGCAAAGUAGCUUGCUUGAUCAGGAGGUCUGAGAGCUCGGAGUUGGAAUCUGGUUAAAGGAUUGUGAGAAAUAAGCGUGUGGUUUGGACUUUGGAGAAUGAGACAAUUUCAUGACAUUCUAUGAAUGUUUUAGUUUCUUUGUGUGGAGACUUGAAUUGGUUUUUAACUUUGCAUGAACUAAGUUAUGUUUGGUUUGGAGUAUGGUUUGGGCUUGUAUUAAAUAAUUAUACUUA